UCGUUACUGCGGUCGUGUUGACAGUUGCUUAUGCAACAGUUAUUAAUUGUAUCACGUAUGAUUCUUAUCUUUUUGAUGAUGAUGCUUCAGAGCUGAAUUGCUAGCUUGUAUGAAAACGGAAAUCCUAACAGAUUCAUUCUACCGACUAAGAUCUUGGAAAUAAAUUCUGGUUAUGAAUCGGUACUUUGGCAUUAUGUGUAUAUGGUAAUAUACAUCAUAUAUCAUGGCGCUCCUGGGUGGAUUCGAACCACCAACCUUUCGGUUAACAGCCGAAUGGCGCUCCUGGCAUAACGUACCCGUGACCUUUCUUUUCCAUAUCAUGGUUGAGUUGGAGUUAACUUUACCGGAAUCAGAUUAUGUUAUGCUUGAUGUUAAUGACCGUAUAACUACUCUUCAAGCGGAUACCGAGCGUCGCCUGCAGAUACUGGAGGAGCAAUUGAAAGCCGCCACUUCGGCAUCAUGUUCGUCACCUAAGAGGAAAGGGGAUGAGGUCAUCCCAGCUGACGAGGUCGGUGCCUCAACGGCUUGUUCGAAAACGUAUUCGCAGUCGGAACUGGACAACGCCGUCCGUGAGGCUGUUGAAAAGGCGAUGGAGGUGGCGCGCGAUAAUACCGCUGUUCCUGUGCUGACUCAGACGUAUGUGCGCGGCGGCGGCAGCAACACAUUCCGUGGUCGUUUUAGUGGAAAUCGUGGACGUGGGCGUGGCCGCGGUGGCAGAGGCGGACCGGCUUCUACUACAACAAGUGCGUCCGCACCAACCACAUCACGUGAAAUCCCGGCAGAAACGACUGAGGAUGGCAAACGGUUUUGUACCUUCUGCAAACGCGAAGGACAUCUUGAGGGUCGGUGCUUUGACAAGCGACGUGCCAUGAGGAGCUGCAGUCCCGCGGAAACGCGCGAGUGGAGCGUCCCGAUGGAGUCCGUGGAUCCGGAACUGAAAGAGGACAUUGAACGCACAGCUGUUACACCAUCUCGUCCCAUUCCUGAUCCAACAGCCGGUCCGUUAACCGAUACCGACAAUCGCCCUGCUAUCCGGACCCUCCGGAACCGCACUAUCCGCAGCUCAUCACCAUAA